CAAUCCCUAACCCUUGUCCUCAGCCCGCAAUAAUGACCACGGGCAGGCUCUUUGGAGAAGCCCUACCGGACCAAGUAGACCGAAUUGCCGCCCUUUCGGAGUCACAGCUCGGCUUGCUCUCAGACAUUAGAGAAAUUUACAAAGAACGUGCCGCCCUUGAAAAGGAGUAUGCCGGAAAACUGUCAGUGCUGGCAAAGAAAGCGGCGGACAGGAAGUCAAAACGCAUCGCGUCUCUUGUCCUCGGCGAAGAACCUUCGACGGGAUGGGGUGAAGACACGCUGCGUAUGAGCACCCUUGACAAGGCAUAUAGCCAGCUUGUCAGCUCAUUGGACAGCACUGCACAAGAUCACUCGACACUUUCGGAUUCUCUUAUCACUCAGGUCGCCGAUGCAACGAAGGUGCUUGAAAAGAAACAUGAGGAUAUGAAGACAAAGCAAUACCAGUUCUACCAAAAGUUGCUGUCCGACAGGGACAAGGUGUAUGCUGAUCGACCGAAGACGAAGGCAAAGUACGACGAGGAAUGCCUGGAAGUCGAGUCCUACCGUCGCAAACAGGACCGUUCCCAAGAUGACAAGCACGCAAGCCGUGCUGCCAAGCAAUUUGAUUCGCAAACGGUAGAAAUGCAGAACUGCAAGAACACAUAUAUCAUCUCAACAGCAAUUGCCAAUAGAACGAAGGACCGAUUCUAUCAAGAUGAUCUCCCACUGGUUGAGAACGACUUUCAACGUCUCCAAGCAAACCUCGUAGCCGGACUAGUAUCCAUCCUUCUCCAAGCACAAGAACUACAUACCACCCAUCUCACAACAGUCCAAAACCGAAUUAACGGAGUUCGUAGUGCUUUGGAAGCUGUGAACCCCGCUCCAGACCAGGACUUGUACAUUACAUACAACACGCGUGCUUUCAGUGUGCCGAACGACUGGGGCUGGGAACCUUGUGCGGGUCAUUAUGACACUGGCGAGAUGGUGGUGGAUCCCGAGCCGAAGAUAGUACUGCAGAAUAAGCUCUCGAGAUGUAGGGAGAAGUUACAGGAAGUGAAUGGUCUUAUUAAUUCCAAAAAAAGGGAUGUGGACAAGCUAUCGAGUAUCGUUUCGACGUAUAUGAACGACCGUAGUCUCGGAUCAGUAGACGACAUAAUGAACGAUUACCUCGGUGUUCAACACGAAUUGACACUUUUAGAGUUUUCGGCUACGAUCUUGAACACUGAGAUAGAUACUAUUAGUGACGCUUUAGGAGGUGACGAGGGUUCGCAAAGCCCACAUAACUUCAAGUCUACUUCGUUCUCUAUUCCGACGACGUGUGGUUAUUGCAAGUCCUCGAUUUGGGGACUAAGCAAACAAGGCAAGACGUGCAGGACUUGUGGACUAUGUGUCCACGCGAAGUGCGAAUUGAAAGUACCUGCCAGUUGUGGUGGUAGCAAGCGUUCGUCUAGGAUGCCAAGCGCCAUGUCUAGUUCGGAUUUGUCUCGAGCGGAUUCACGAGCAUCAACGAUAUCUAAAGCGUCGACUUCGUCCACACCUACUGCUUCUUCCUUUGCAAGGCCUCAUACGGUGCCCGACGAAGUAUACCCGCAGGCACGGGUGUUGUAUGAUUUCACGCCGACUUCGCCGUUCGAGCUGGCUGUCACCGAUGGUUUAACCGUCCAAGUCCUCGAAGACGACGACGGCUCUGGAUGGGUAAAAGUCGCAGAUUCGAAAGGAGGCAAAGGUCUCGUUCCUGCUUCGUACGUUGAAAUUAUCGACGACGAAGGUGAUGAAGAAGCAGCUCCCACUGCCGCGCCACUGCCACCAAGGGUACCUGUCACUACGAAACCGAAAACACUAGGUUCAGGGAAGUACGUUCGAGGGAUAUACGCAUAUCAGGCCAGUGGGCAAGAGGAAAUUAAUGUCGAAGAGGGUGCUUUGUAUGAGUUGUCUUCUGGUGCGGGUGGAGGAGAGCAUUAUGCUGAUGGUUGGUGGGAAGGCUAUGAUUCGUCGGGUAGGAAGGGUAUAUUCCCAAGUAACUAUGUUGAGCUAGUAUGAUAGAGAUUUUGUGUAAGUUAUUAGCGAACACGAGUUUGCUUUGG